AUGUCACCUUCAACUGCCGAGAUCAGAGCUACCAGCAAUAAGGAAGAUCGCACCAAUGUCAAGCGCAUGAAGAAGGAGGAAGAUAUUCGUCAGUCCAUCAAGGACAAGUUCUAUCCUGGUCUCUUUGAUCAAGCAUCUCGUGAGGCUGUGCGUCAAUCUGUUCAAGAUUCCAAGCCUUACCCACAUUGCAAAAUUUCUAAAUUGAUCAACGAUGAUCUCUUACGUCGUGUGCACAAGGAAAUCUACAGCAAGCUUAGUUUCACCACCAAGGAAACUGAUAUCUACAAGGUCAAUCAAACUGGUGACCUCGCCAACAUGGACGGCCUUAGCGAGCAAGAGCGCGGUGAGCUUGCCUCUCUUUUCGAGCUUCGUAAUGCCAUCUACUCCAAGGAAUUUAGAGAAUAUGUGCAAUAUGUCACUGGCUGUGGGCCACUUUCUCCUACCAAGAUGGACAUGAGUGUCAACACGUAUACUGAAGGCUGCCACCUUUUGAACCACGAUGAUGUGAUUGGCACCCGUCGUAUCUCAUUCAUCUUGUAUAUGCCUGGUGAACCUGAUGAUCACUGGGAUCCUUCCUUUGGUGGUGCCCUGGAAUUGUAUCCUGUUGUUGAGCGUGAUACUCCUGCCAAUGAACCUACUGUGUCUGUGCCGCCUCAAUGGAAUCAAUUCGCCAUGUUUACUGUAUUGCCCGGCUACUCUUUCCAUUCUGUUGAAGAAGUCGUUGUUGAAGGUAAGCCUCGUCUUAGUAUUCAAGGCUGGUUCCAUUUCCCUCAAGAAGGCGAGCUUGGUUACAAGAAGGAUGCUGAAAAGAGUGAGUCCCUCUCCACUCUUCAACAACUUGAGACUGCUGUAGAUGUCAAGGAGAACUUUGAACAGUACAAGACUGAAUUGACAGAAGAAGGCACGUUGGGUCUGACUGAGGAAGAUUUGACCGAACUUGCUACCUGGAUGAACCCUGUCUAUCUCAACACUGAAUUUAUUGCUCAAAUCACGGAUAAGUUCUUGGAUGAAUCUGCUGUUCAACUAAAAGAGAUCUUGAACCAAGAGCUGUUUGAUAAGAUCAAGGCUGCCACUUUCAAAUGUGAUGAGAUGGAUAACUUUAUCAAAGGAGUAAUGCCUCCUCACGGUACUGGCGUGCGUGGCGAUUGGACUGUGCAAGGUUCUCCUGUGUCCCAGCGUUUCUUGAAGUUGAAUGACCAUGUCAAGUCGGAUGAAGAAACCUCUGUCUUGUUUGGUCAGCUACGCUCUCACUUCCAAAGCGAAGCAUUCCGUCACUGGCUGGCUGUCUUGUCUCAAUUACUUCCUACAGGCUACAGAGGUAUGGCUCGUCGUUUCCGCCCUGGACAUGAUUUUACUUUGGCCACCACCAAUCUUCGUGGUCGACCUGUGUUAGAUGCAACCCUUUGCUUGGCUACCACUCCCAAUGCUGAAGCAGCUGAAAAGUGGGAAUCCUGUGAGUAUGGUGGCUAUGAAUGUUACAUGGCUGCACAUGAAGGUGAUGAUGACCCGGCUACAUAUCGCUUCAACGAUGACGAUGGUGCUUUGUUGACUAUGGCUGCUGGUGCUAAUGAAUUGUCUUUGGUUUUGCGUGAUGAAAAUGUCAUGCGAUUUGUAAAAUACGUUAGUGCUAGAUCUCCUGGUGCUCGUUGGGAUGUCGCUUUUGAAUACGAUCUAGUAGAGGAAGAAACUGAGAAUAAGUUGUAA